AUGGAUCUUUUAGGUAUUCGCCAUCGUCUCAUGCCUGGAACAUCAAAGAAUGACAUGCCUCAGACCACCUUAGUUGAUGAUCGUCGGAAAACCCUGAACAGAAUUAACGGGGUUUUGCGGGACACAGACACAGGAGGUGAGGAGGAAUUCAACUACAUAGAAGCGACUGCACUAGGCCCAAAGAAUUGGGGAAGUCUUAAACCGGACUGGAAGAUUUGUGCUGAUGGAAAAUCACAGUCUCCAAUUAAUAUCGAUGCCAAUAGCGCGCAAGUUAUGCCAGGCGACUUGAAACGGGCUUACAUCGACGCACCAGCCGUACUUAUCAAUGGAGUUAAUAAUAUUGGUGUUAUAUGGAAAGGAGAUGCAGGAGGAAUAGAAGUGAAUGGUUCAACAUACAAAUUAGUUCAAUGCCAUUGGCAUACGCCUUCGGAGCACACUAUCGACGGGAAGAGGUUUGAUGCAGAACUACAUUUGGUUCAUUCAAAUGGCAUGGGCCAAAAGGCAGUUGUUGGCAUUCUUCAGAACAUUGGACCACCAGAUCCUUUUAUUGGAAAUCUGACAGAGGAGAUUGAUGUACUUGAUACAAACGAAGAGAUAGAUUUGGAGAAAAUAAGUGCAACUAAUAUAAAAGAUGGUAGCAAAACGAAUUAUAGAUAUUUUGGCUCCUUUACUACUCCUCCAUGCACGGAGGGUGUUAUUUGGACAAUUGAAGCACAGGUUAGAUCAAUUUCACAGGGCCAAAUCAAUCUGCUUAAGGGAAGUCAUCAACGUGUAAGCAUCGGUUCACAAUUUUGCGCUGUGCGCAUAUAA